GAGAAAACCCAAAUCCAAAAUGAAAAUUAUUUUCUAGGGUUUUACUCAUAAACAAUCUAAAUUUUAUGAAAUAAACCCCUCCUUUUUCUAGUCAGGCCUCAAGUUUUCUCGCAGAUCGCCACCGAGGUUUUUUUUCUUUUUUCUUUAAAGGGAAUUUUGAAACUUGGGGGGCUGUUUUUCAUAGGAAGGCAAUAACAUACUGUCUUUGUGAACCAUGGGGACCCCAGAAACUUCUCGAGAGCCAUGCCCUGAUCGGAUCCUCGAUGAUCUUGGUGGUGCUUUCGGUAUGGGCGCUGUCGGAGGUGCUGCCUUCCAUUUCUUGAAAGCCACAAACAACUCCCCUAGCGGUUCUAGGUUGAUCGGAGGAACUCAAGCAGUGCGGAUGAAUGCCCCUCGUGUUGGUGGUAGUUUUGCUGUUUGGGGUGGCCUGUUUUCGACCUUUGAUUGCACCAUGGUAUAUGUUCGACAGAAAGAAGAUCCGUGGAACUCGAUUAUAGCCGGUGCUGCCACCGGAGGGUUCCUUUCUAUGCGUCAAGGACUUGGUGCUGCUUCAAGAUCGGCAUUGUUUGGUGGGGUAUUGCUUGCUUUAAUAGAAGGUGCCGGGAUCAUGUUGAAUAAAUUUCUCAGUCAACCACAGAUGCCAAUUAUGAUCGAAGAAGCGGCACCGAAUGUGGCCGGUAUGCCUGGAUAUCCAAUGGGGCAACUGCCGAACCAAGCCCCUGCAUUGGUCGACAGUUCGACACAGGGUUCACCAGAGUCUUCCUCCUCAUGGUUCGGUGGAGUUUUUGGUGGUGGAAAGAAGCAGGAACCGGCAGUGGGUAAUGGAAAUAAGACGGAGGUUUUGGAGAGCUUUGAUGCUCCUGCGGUGCCAUCAUUUGAAUACAAAUGAAGUGAUAGAUAAAGCCAUAUGUUAAGCAAUUUGAAAUUGUGUUUUCAACUUAUUGAAAGCCUGCACUUAAUGGAAUAUAUUGAAAGCAAUAUUUAGGUAUUUGUGAUUUAUUCGUUUUCCCCUAGUUAUAAACGUACAUGUUAUUUAUAAAUGUUUUAUAUUCAUCCCCUGUAAUUUUAUAUUGAUUUAUGUACUAAAUUUUGAUUGCA